AUGAGACCUGCUAAAAAAUACAAAUCCAGAAUUAGGAAAGGCGAUAAAAAUAAAUGCAGGAGCAGGCGUAAAUUGAAUUCACUCAAUAUAAAUGUAGUAUCCAAAAUAGCACUAAAGAAACAAAGUAAGCGUAGGCCCGGAAAACAAGGCUCACAGCAGAAAGUAGGACAAAUUGAGACAUUGGAUGUAGGAUCACUCAUUGAUAUUAGUUCCUACAGAUGUGCUAUAGCUGGAUUGUCCAAUAAGGCCAUAAAUGAGCCGGAUAAAUGUGACAAUUACAUUGAACCACUCUUCCACAUCGCACGUAAAAGGGGUGGAGGUAGUGACCAAACCAAAUCUAUAGCAGCCAAUCUGGCCAUUAAAUCCAUUGGUAUACUACUUUCCUGCCUGUCAACCAGCGGUGCUGAUGAGGAAUCCCUUAGAGCUAAGAAGGCAUUGGACGAGUUUAGCAAGAUUUUGGCAAGCAAAUUGACUAGCAACCCUGUACUAGUGGGAUUACUAGUAGCAAAACUCGUAGCUUCUGACUUUAGAACACCAAAUGACACCAUUUUAUCUUUAUGUUUAACUUGUUGUAGCCAAAGUACUUAUAAACAGCAAUCCGAUGAAGUAACUAGGGCUAUUGGUGAUAAUUUGGAAGUUGUUAAGAGCAUAUUUCAACUUGGAUCAAUGAGUGAUUGUGCUAGGGUGAUAAAAUUGAUUAAUGGGUUACAUAAAUAUUCAUUUAACCCUCAAUUGAUAUCGCUAAUCCCUUUAACAAAUAUAAGGGACAGGGAGUUUUCGGCUAACGCAUAUUUCCAGUUUCAAUUCCAUAAAGUAUCCAAGGAUAUAAGAGAGAAACUGAGAUAUGCAGCGGUAAAUGAAACCCCAGAUGUGGUAGCCAAAUAUAAAAAGGUUAUUUUAGAGCAAGUACUGGCGCUUUACUUUAAGAUUUUAAAAAACCCUCGAGUGAAAUCUUGUGAAUUAUUGAUUACUUGCCUCAAUGGUUUGUGUGUUUUUAUCCAAUUUUUAAAUUUGGAUAUACAAAAGGAUAUUUUAAAUCAAAUUAUAUGUUACCAGGACAGACAAGUUUGCCCACUUGUAACUUUAACUUCAUUGGAUUGUGCAAUGAAAAUUAUGAAAUAUUCGCAAUCUUCGCUCAUGAAAGCGGAUAUUUCUUGGAUCUUUGACAGUUUAAUAGAUAAAAUUAAUCUGACAGAUAUGCCUUCGGGCAAAAAUAAUGAUAAAUCGUUUACCACUGAAAUUUCUAUUGAAUCAAAUGGAUGCAAAGACAAACUGAUAAAAACACUAUGUGUGGUUAUGGACCAUUUGGGAUACUUUAUCAACCCAUCUUGCGACAUACAGCGCAUAGCUCAGUUGGUAUCUAAACUAUUAUGCUUUACUAUGUUAUGCGACACGACCAAUGCUAAAAUCUUGCUGACUAUGGUAUUUAAUCUGGUUAAAAAGUUUCCCAUGUUAAAGGACUUAUUUGAUGAACAGGGAAUGGUGAUUUCCGGUACAGGCAAAUUCGAGACUUGUCACUGGCAUAUUGCGGCGUUGAGAUGUCAUUUUGCCCCUAAGAUUAGAGAAUUCGUCGCUGAGCAGCUUUCAUAUUGUAAAAACAGUACAUUUGAUUUUUAG